UGGGCACUAGGACCCGGGAGACGGCGGGGCUGCCACAGAGGCACAGCAGACAAGCGCGUUCGAGAGGUGUAGUGGAAGAAAGGCGAAGAGAAACGGAGUAAAUGAGAGCACUUCUGUCCACAUUGUUGACGGACUUAUCAGCUUAAAACACCGCCGAAGCACCAAAGUAUCAUGAAACGGGCACACUGUUGAGCUGCUGUCCAGGUAACCACCGUUGAGAAGGCGGCCCUAAACCCCAGGACCCCAUCUGCAGGCUCCUGCGCAGGGCAGAGUGAAGGAAGCAAAGUUGUGUCGCUCCCUUUGGGAAACCUGGAUCCUCCAUCUUGCCCGCAAACAUGUCCGGUGUUAUGAUCGUCAAGGAGGGAUGGCUGCUUAAAAGAGGAGAAUACAUCAAGACCUGGAGGCCGAGGUAUUUCCUCCUGAAGAGCGACGGUACGUUCGUCGGCUACAAAGAACGACCACAAGAUGCCGACCAGCUUCAAACCCCCUUAAAUAACUUCAACGUCGCCCAGUGCCAGCUGAUGAAGACGGAACGACCCAGGCCCCACACAUUCAUCAUCCGCUGCCUGCAGUGGACCACUGUCAUCGAGCGCACCUUCUGCGUGGACACCCCCGAGGAAAGGGUUGACUGGCUCAAAGCCAUCCAGGAAGUGGCUGAUGGCCUCCAAAAGCAAGAAGAGGAGAUGAUGGACUCCUCUCCAGACCCCAUGGACAUGGAGGCCUACCUGACCAAACCCAGACACAAAGUGACUAUGUCUGACUUUGAAUACCUCAAACUCCUGGGAAAAGGCACUUUUGGCAAAGUUAUUCUGGUAAAGGAGAAGGCCACAGGACGCUACUAUGCCAUGAAGAUCCUAAAGAAGGAGGUGAUCGUAGCUAAAGAUGAAGUGGCACACACACUCACAGAGAACAGAGUCCUGCAGAAUUCAAAGCAUCCGUUCUUGACUGGAUUGAAAUACUCCUUCCAGACACAUGACCGCCUGUGUUUUGUAAUGGAGUAUGCGAACGGUGGCGAGCUUUUCUUCCAUCUGUCAAGAGACCGGGUAUUCUCAGAAGAACGGGCUCGAUUCUACUGUGCAGAGAUAGUGUCAGCACUGGACUACCUGCAUUCUGAGAGAGACGUGGUGUAUAGAGAUCUCAAGCUGGAAAACCUCAUGCUGGACAAAGACGGACACGUAAAGAUCACAGAUUUUGGUCUCUGUAAGGAGGGAAUCAAAGGCGCAGACACUAUGAAAACUUUCUGCGGGACACCAGAGUACCUCGCACCCGAGAUCCUGGAAGACAAUGACUACAGCCGCGCUGUGGACUGGUGGGGUCUGGGGGUGGUGAUGUACGAGAUGAUGUGCGGCAGGCUGCCCUUUUACAGCCAGGAUCACGAGAAGCUGUUUGAGCUCAUCCUCAUGGAGGACAUCCGUUUUCCUCGGACUCUCAGCCCCGAGGCGCGCUCGCUGCUCUCUGGUCUUCUCAAGAAGGACCCAGUGGAAAGGUUAGGCGGAGGGCCCGAAGAUGCCAAGGAAAUCAUGCAGCACAAAUUCUUUACUGGGAUAAAUUGGCAAGAUGUUUAUGAGAAGAAGCUUGUCCCACCGUUUAGGCCCCAAGUUACCUCAGAGACGGACACGAGAUAUUUUGACGAAGAGUUCACAGCACAAGCCAUCACCAUCACACCACCUGGACAAGAUGACUACGACGACUUUUUUGACAGCGAGCGACGACCCCACUUCGCACAGUUCUCCUACUCCGCCAGUGGGACGACCUAAUAUGCAAAUCUCAAACAUUCCUCUGGCCCCACCGUUAUUCCCCCUCUCCAUCCGACUGCACUCUCAAAAGGCCCCAGCCUCGUCCCCCCCACCCCACCCCACCUCCCCACCCCAGCAUUGUCUGCACAAGUCCCACCCCCCCUCCCUCCCCACCGUCGGAUGUCUCAGUCUGCGAGCCGUUGUUGUCGUUUUACAGGACGGAGGAAGUGCGAGACAAAAACAAAGAUAAACGUGCUUGUUCUUGGCGGCCUUUGAAGACUGACCAUGGAGAUAACACUAUCCCUGCAUUUCCUGGUUGUUAUGCUGUAAACAGUGCAGGCAUCCCGCAAUGAAAGGGGAAAUGUAGCUAUGCACAAAUUGGGCUACUCCUAUAACUCAAAUGAUUUUUGUUUUCUUUUUUUUUUUUUUUUUAAAGGGGUUGUUUGUAUUCAAUGAAAUAUCAACCAUUUCAAAUAGGUUUUAGGCAUGCUGUGGACCAAAAACACCAUGUAAAGCAAGAGAGUGUGUUGUUUGUUGAGUGGGUGAUUUAUCCAUGUUUCUCGAGUCUUUUCAGACAUCUUUUGGCCUCAUAAAGUGAAUGUACCGUAUCAAAUAAAAGUUAAUCUUCCUGCAUAAUGAUGUGUUGUAACACAUGCCUAAUUCUCCUAAGACUGAAAAGCCAUCUUCGCUUUAAUGUACCCUUGAUGCAAAAAAACAAAAACAAAAAAAAAAAACUGAAACCGCUCUGUUGUUUCGUCAAUCCACACCGCGAUGGGUAUGUUCAAUCAGCAGUCCGAUACAGUCUAAUAUGACGCAAGUUACUCGAGCACGAGUGAUCAUUCGGGCAGUUUCUUUUAAAAAUCGUUUGCACGUGACACAGACCCACUGUUUGCUGUUCAGACUAAGAAAAAAAAAGAAAAAAAAAAAAAAAAAGAAGCAUCUGCAGGUCCUGAAGUAAGUGCUUAUACUUCCUGGUGCCUUUUCAUCUGGAUGCUCCUUCUGCUCCAAACUCUUCUCAUCUCCUUUUGGGUUUUUCCUCUAUACAGUACACUAUUGGGUGUUAUGUUCCACUCGGUGCAUAUGCUGCAGCCUCAGUGAGGUCACUUCAACAUAAUACACUUUUUUUUUUUUUUUUGAUUACUUUGCAAGCAAACUAGGCUUCAGGGGAAAACUGUCAUCUUUGUUUUGCUUCUUAAGGGGACUUCUCCCCUUCACAUGAGCUUCUGAGUUAUUUAUGAGACCAAUGUGGGUGAAAAUUAGUUUCCGUGUGCCAAUGAUAUGCACUUUGUUGCCCAAAAAUGAUUGUAUUCGGACCCCCUCUAUAUGUAACUUAUGGCUGGUAGCGACUAAAUUAGCUUCCUUUUUGUAAGAUGAAUUCAUUUGUUGUGGAUACGACUUAAAACAAGACGUGCUGGUUUGAAUAAUUUCUGCUGAGGCUAAAACCGACGCCCUUCUUUCAGCUGUUUUCCGGAGGCACUUCAGUAUUUUUAAGAACGACAGAUAAUCAUUUUCAAAAGUGCAUAUUUUCAUUGAAUGUAAUGGUUUUUAUAUUGUUUUCUCUUCAGUCGUUUGCAAACCUUCGUUUGCUCUUUUGAGUCUGUUUGUUACCUAUUCCUAUGCAUACUCCCCUAUUGGCUAUCACCUUCUGAAAAUAGGGAGAAAAAAAAAUCAUUUUAUAUUUUUACUUCAACUUUUUUUUUUUUUGUAUCUGCCCCUCCUGUACUCCUGAGGCCGAGGACACCAGCUUUAGUAAACAAAUAAUAUAAACUUUGUACACUGUUUUUACAUGUUUUCUUCUCAAUUGAUGAAAUAAAAGGUCUUAUCAAUU